AAAGAAUUAAAUAAAUUAUAUCUCUGAACUGAAUAUAAGUAUGUACAUAAAAAGUGUUAGGUCCAAUUAUAUUAAUAUGUUAAGCUUAUUUCUGAUUUUCAGUGCCAUUAAAACCCUGAACAUUAUCAGGAUGGCAACCAAUUUCUACGACAGCUUAUUCACAAGAUAAUGCUAUGAUAUCUGUCCUAUGUAUUUUUGCUAAAACACAUUUCUUACUAAAGGCGUGAGGACUGCAUAUAUUAAUAAUGAAUUUUGUCAUACUGUACCACAUCAAAACAGUACAAAAUAUAAUUGAUAUACAAGAUAUAUGGGGGAAGUAGUUCUAAAAGUUCCAGGUAUAGUGAACAGUUAAUAGUUCAACAGCUUGGGACAAUACUGACUAAAGUCCAUUUGUUUGGCAGUGUUUUUGGAUUUAACCAACAGCCCUAAGUUUAAUAAUACACUCGGUUUGGCUGGACUAUAUAUAAUGACAAUAUUGCCAAAGUAUGCAGGGACAACACCAUAAAAUUAGCUGUAUAAAAUCAUGGUAGCAGAGAAAUGUGAAGUCCCCAGUCCAGAGUGAGCCUACAUUUUGUCACUUAGUGACUUAAAUUUCCUUCCCUCUGGGAUCUGGAUGACAAUAGGUGAGCUUACUUAUACUAAAUACCCCAACAGACAAAAAAUACCGAAUGUAAAUUCUGUCCUGGUGAGAAUGGGCAGAGAAGAUUCUGAUUGGCCAAGGGAGCUGUCAGCACCGGGUUUUGAAGCUUGUGGUCAGAUUAAAUGAGAGAAUGAGAGAACCGUAGCAGUAAAAAGAGGGGCCGAGAUAGCUGGAAGGACUCACUUUAAGCCUUGAGAGAAGCUGUCAUGACACUCACUGAGAUUAUCUUCAUCUUGACCGGGACGUGUGCUGUCCUCGUUUUUGGAGGGAAAUUAGUAUGCCUGGUUAUGAUGCUUGUCCCGAAGCUCUUCUGUCCUCUUCCUGAGUCUUUUUUCACCACUCUGGGGAAAUGGGCAGUGGUCACUGGAGGGUCAGAUGGAAUAGGCAAAGCGUAUGCAGAAGAGCUUUCAAAACUAGGUAUGAGUGUGAUCAUCAUCAGCAGAAACCAAGAGAAGCUUGACAGAGCAGCAAGGAAAAUCGAGCUCACUACAGGCCAGAACGUCAAAGUAAUAGCUGCUGACUUCACCAAAGAUGAUAUAUACGGACACAUUCAAGAAAACAUCGAGGGUUUGGAUAUUGGUAUUUUAGUGAACAAUGUCGGGAUUCUGCCCAGCAAAAUACCCUGCAAGCUACUUGAAACAUCUGACUUGGAAGAAAGAAUAUAUGAUGUUACCAACUGCAAUGUAAAAGCCAUGGUUAAGAUGUGCAGACUUGUGCUACCAGGAAUGCAGAAAAGAGGAAGAGGAGUCAUUCUGAAUGUGUCCUCUGGCAUAGCCAAAAUACCCUGCCCCAUUUACACUUUGUACGCAGCAUCCAAGGUUUUUGUUGAGAGAUUUUCACAGGGUCUUCAAGCAGAAUAUAAAUCCAAAGGAAUUAUUAUACAGACGGUGGCUCCAUUUGGGGUUUCAACACCAAUGACAGGGCAUCAGAAGCCAGAUAUGGUCACAUUCACACCUGAGGAGUUUGUGAGAAGUUCAUUAAAGUACCUAAAAGCUGGUGACCAAACAUAUGGCAGUGUCAUUCAUACCAUACUGGGCGGGAUUGUGCAGUCCAUUCCCAUCUGGGUCCUGCGGAGUGAAGCAUUUCACCAUCAUUUUAGGGAAUAUGUAAAGAAAAAAGUCGGAAGCUGAGAGUUGACAUAUCCUCUAAAUGUAUAUACAGUAUAUAAUAUUGAACAUUUAAAUGCACUUGUGUUUGUUUUUACUAAUUAUGACAAUGCUGUAUGUCAAAAAUAUUAGGCUUGGAAAGAAAGAGAGAGGAAGAAAAACUGACAGGCCUUUGUUUGGCCCUUGUCCUUCAAAACAUGCUAUAUCAGUGUCGAUAAUGGAACACAUUAUUAUUAUUAAUCAUAAUCAUAUCAGUAGACAGGAGAUAGUUGAGCUGUACUAACCUUGAUAGCGUUAACAGAAGGUCAACCUCAGAAAGGCCAAAUGACAGAGUAAGAGAUGUGGCCUUGUUAUUUUUUUGUCUAUAGUUGGCGAUUAGAAAAUGUUUAGUCUCAUUUAAGAGCAUUUUAUAAAUUACAUUAUAUCCACAAAACACUUUAACUAGAUAUUUGGCGCCACGUAGUGGUUAAAUGCACUUUCACAUGAUGAUCUUUAAAGCUUGAAGUUAAUGUUAUUUUUUAAUAAUGUUGUUAUCCCGUUAUAUCUACUUUCAUGUGACUAAUCACUGUAGCCACAGCAAAAUUACAUUAUGAAGACACUGAUAUUCAUACAGCACUGCUAGAAAGCCAAGUUUUUAAAAAUCAUUUAUAUUAAUUUAUAUUUCAAUUUUUUAUCAUUUUUUAAAAAGUAACACUAGAGUCACUGCAGUAAUUUCUGUAGAUCUGAUUUACCUUAAAAAAGCUUUGCUUUAAACAACAGCUAGUUUUUGACUUUCAGCCAGCAGAGGGCAGAUUUUUGAUUCUCUGUGUUUAGUCAAGUUUCAAAUAUGUCUUGAAGAUGCUGAGAAGGUAAAGGAUACAAACAAGUGCAGUCUGAUGGGGAUUUCCAUCGCACAUGUAGUUGUUAAUAGAGCUGUUCACCCUUGAGCAAGCUGUUCUGAUUGAAAUACGGUUGACAGGAUAACUAUCAGCUUUCACUUAUAUUAAAGGGGGUUGUGUUUUUACAACAGGGAAUUUCCACUGAUAAUUUAUAAUGCUACUGCUUGUAACAGAAAAGACAUUUAUGUGGAAUAAGGCUAAGGCAAUAAUUAAAAUAAAUCAUGUGUUGUAUUUUUUUUUCUCACUAUCUAGCUUGCUUGCUUCGACGGCAGUAGUGGUUUCUGAAAAUCUAAUGUUUUUAAAAACAAGUGGUGGAGAAGUCAAGACUGCAGAUCAUCUAACGCCCCAGUCUGCGGGAAACCACUAAUUGCCUCAAAACAAUUUCCUAUGGUUUAAAACAGUGUACUUUUAUACUCUGUAUUUUGAAAUAGUCACUUUCUCUAACCCAUAAUUUUCCUAGACAACAGUUUUGUUUCUAACAAAUUUUGUUUCUAAUCUAUUCACUAAGUGUUUUGACUGAAUGAAAAAAUGUGAUGUGUUUAAUAGCAUUGUGUGAUGGUAGCCUUGUGGUUUGUGCGCCGACAUAAACAGCGCAACUGCGCUCAUGGCGACCCGAGUUCGAUUCCUGUCUGGAGGUCUUUUGCUCACUCCCGUCUCUCUACCCAGUACUUUCAAAAAAAUCAAUGCCAACAAUUAUUUUAAAAGUAGCAUAAAUGUGAAUCAAAACAUCAUCAGAUUUUUGCAACUUCAUUCUGAAAGUUGACAAAGAAAACCCAAUAAAACGAGCGAAAAAACAAAACAAAAAAAACACUCAUUUAUUUAUUGAAAGAAAAUGAUCCAGUUACAUAUCUGUGAGUGGAAAAAGUAUGUGCAUCUUUGCUUUCAGUAUCUGGUGUGACUGAAUUUGAAUUUGCAGCAAUAACUGCAGCUAAAUGUUUCUAGUAACUGCUGAUCAGUCCUGCACAUCAGCUUAUAGGACAGAACCACUUCAACUCUGUUGGUGGGUUUCCUCCUAUGUACUGCUUGGUUCAGCUCCUUCUACAAUUUCAAGUGGAUUAAGGUCCAGAGUUUGACUGUUUUGGCUGAUGUUUUGACCCAUUUGGCUGACUGAUUUGACCCUAAUGUUUUGGCUGUUCCAAAACAUUAGGGUCACUCAACAUAGAUUUAAUAUAACAACAAAUAAUUGUGCAAUUUUAAAACAUAACAAUACUAUGCAUGCUUUCAUCAAUAUUACAUAAAAAGUCAAUUAAAUAUUAUUUUAAAUAAUUUAAAUAGCAUUUAGGCUGGUAAGGAUAAGGUUUUUGGCCUGUCCCUCACUAUGUUUUUUUCAUUUUCAGCAGGACUUUUAAUUUGCAAAAUGGCAAAAUGAUAUAAAAUCACAUUUACAUAUUGUUCUAAAUAUAGUCUCAUUGUUAAGCAAUGUUUUUGGCAUAAGUAUGUAUUUUUUCUAUAAAAUAAAUCAUUUUAUUAGUGUCCCCUGUUUUCAUGUCAGCCCUGUUACCCUCAUCAAAAACACCUGUAGAAUAAUGUACAUUCAAGUGACAUUAGUUCUAAGAGGCCACAUCUUCUCUUAACCAGAAUCCCAACACUUAAAACACAAGCAUGUUUCUCUCACUCCUCUACAAUAUUUUAUUUUUGAUGAUUUAUGAGGCUUGACUAAGGAGGGGCCAUCAUGCAAUGUCAAUCCUGUUACCGUUUUUAAAAUGUAAAUUUAAACAAUUACGUCUUACAUUUAAUAUAAUCAAUAUGUAGAAGUAAAAUCCUUUUAAAGUGUACAAUAUGUGCUUUUGUGAAUUUGACUGUUAGCUAGCAAUUAGUACAUUUUUUUUGAACUCGUCAAACCUGUUACUGUCAGCCUGUUACUUCUUAGAGUAACAGGUUUUGACGUGGGUAACAGGGAUGACAUUGAUUACAUUUGACCCUGUUUUUAAAGACUGUGUAAAAUUCAAACAUUUUGACAUAAAGGUCACCCUCUCAUUCAGUGGCGUGUGAGUUUUAAUUAAACUAUAGUAUCUAGUAACGCAUGUGUCGGUAACAGGGUUGACAAAAAUACCAAAACAUGAGGUAGAAAAAUAGUCAUAAAAUAAUAAAUGACAUAGCCUGAGAUGGCACAAUACAAUUUCUUGUCAUUUUAAGGUGUUUCCACUUCAUGGAUAUUUAAGAAAAAUAUUGAUUAAACUUAUUUUAUUUUUACAUUUUUCCAAGUGGAAAAGGCACUGAUUUCAUGGAAUGACCCAUUAACUUUGUUCUUCUUUAACCAUUCUUUGGUAGAACGACUUGUGUGCUUGGGUCGUUGUCUUGCUGCAUGACCCACUUUCUUUUGAGCUUCAGUUCACGGACCGAUUUCCCAACAUUUUCCUUUAGAAUUUGCUGGUAUAAUUCAGAAUGUGUGUUCCAUCAAUGUGUGUCCUGGCCCAGAUGCAGCAAAAUAGGCCCAAACCAUGAUACUACCAUUCUUCUUAUUCUUAUGCUGGAAUGUAUUCCAUUCUCCAAACAAAACGCUUCUCAAUUAAACCAAAAUUUUGGUCUCAUCUGUCCACAAAACAUUUCUCCAACAGUCCUCUGGCUUGUCCACAUGAUCUUUAUCAAACUGCAGACGGCAGCAGUGUUCUUUUUGGAGAGCAGUGGCUUUCUUCUUGCAACUCUGCCAUGCACACCACAAUGCUCCAAUCAGUGUUCUCCUGAUGGUGAACUCAUGAACAGUAACAUUAUGUUACUACUACAUGUCUUGCUUGCUUGAUGAGUGAUCUUUGUUGGUUGACCACUCCAGGGGAGGGUAACAGUGGUCUUGAAUGUCCUUUAUUUGUACACAGUCUCUCUGAUUGUGGAUCUGCGGAGUCCAAACUCUUCAGAGAUGGUUUUAUAACCUUUUCUAGCCUGAUGAGCAACAACAACUCUUUUUCUGACGUUCGUACCAUGAUUUACUUUCCAAAAACAUAUUCAGAAUUUAAUAGAUCUCUGUUCUUUAAAUAAAACAGGGCAGGCAAUGAGAGGCAAUGUUUUCAUCUCACUGAACUGAAAACACCUCUUAACAGAUGGACUUUAUUUUCACCCUCAAACUAACAGCUAAUCCUAGAGAUUCAUUUACUUUUGCCACUCACAGAUAUGUAAUACUGGAUCUUUCCCUGAAUUAAUAAAUGACAAAGAAAAUAUUUUUCUCAUUUGUUUUAUUGGGUUUUCUCUGUCUACUUUGACUUUAAGGACUUUUCAGGACAUUGUGGAUCAUAUUUAUAUACAUAUUUUUUAAAUAUAUAGCAACGUCUUUCUGAAAGAGAUCUGAAGAUCUGAAAGUGUGACUCAUGUAACUGAAUUGUGAUGACAGAAACACUUCUGUCAAUUCAGAAAUCAGUCAAAUUAUUGUCAUGAGUUUAUUAAUCAGUCAGUCCUUUCAAAGUUGGCGUGUCAUUCAACUUUGUUUUGUUUUUUUGCUUAUUAUUAUUAUUUUUUUUUUGUAAUUUUGUGUU